CUACAGCAUGAAAUGAUUGCAAUUCCCAGACCGAGUGGUUGCAAUAACAGCUUGUUUAAGAGAUUGAGAAGCUGGAAAUGUAAUGCUCUUUAUAGAAAAGAGCAUUUCAUAGAGCACGGAGGAUCCAUGUUCAAAGAAGAGCUUUAAUAAAGAAAGGUCUUUUCGCACGUAAGUGAAGGCAAGUAGAGACUGAUACAUCAGGAAAGACAGGUCAAAGUCCGAGAAGAAUUCGUUUGCUUGAUUAAAAUUUGUUGAGGAAUUUUAAACUCCUACCUGAUGAUGCAGAAGACACCUGAGAUUAUUCUUCCACUUCCCAUCAGUUUGUAGAACGCAUGCUGCACGAGGUUUAACGUCCAUCAAGCCUACGUAUACAAAGGACUCUCGAAUCGGAUAUCCUUUGAUUUCGAAUCAAAUAGUAUCUACUAGAUCGCCACGGCCCUUCAUUAAUUAUUUUGCCAUGAGUAUCACCUUUGUACCCAAUCUUCAGAUGAUGGCUUGUGUACAGACAGCUAUCCCUAUACUGAAUUCUCCUGAGAUACAGAAAUUAAUAAAUUGCUAUUCCCUUGGAUGUUCUGAAAAUAUUGAUAUGUGUAAUAUGAUUGAAAAGACGGCAACGGAGAAAAUUCAAAAUUUAGCAUUAACAUCUCAAUUGCAAGCGAUGGUAAAAGAUUUUCUUAUGAAUAUGUUCUCUGAAAUCAUCGAAUGUAAGAGCAACUAUUCCUUGUUUUUAACUGAGUGGGCCAGUCACGUUAAUCAAAACUUUAAAUUUUUCUGGAAAUCUGACGGAACAAUAGAUCAAAGGAAGUCGGUGAAGUCAUUGAUUGAAAAUGAAGAUGUAAACGUUAAAGAACGGUUUUUGUUGGCAAGCAAUUAUUGCUUGAUUGACGCCAGUUUGAGCCUGUGGAAAACUAUGACAGAAACACAAAACAUUUUUUCUCCAUUAGAAUUAGAAUGUCAUCGGCUAGCAAAAUUUUGGAUUGAAAUAUUUAAAGAAGAAUCUUCGCAUUCGAAAAUAUCUCCUCAGAUUCUAGAAUCAUCGAUUUUGCAAAAUAAUGUUCAUAUGCUACGUUACGUCAUGCAGAUGUUGCCAUAUGAAAAGCAACGUCCUUAUUUAUUAAGUACAACAUCGAAAGAUGAUAUUAAUGCUAAAGUUAUGAUUUUUUGUUUGUCUCGGCUAGACGAAUGUGAUCAAGAAAAAGUUUUUAAAAAUUGUCCAAUGAAGGUGCUCCAAUGUGUUUUGACUUGGCCUUAUCAAUAUAUGUUUAUGAAUGUGGCGAAUCGUUUGUGGGCAUAUCUCUCCAAAGAAAGCUUUUGUGAUAUACUUUGGCUGAUUCUUCGUAAAAUGAUGCACCAAGAAUGGUCAGAUUUUAGGCUUAUAGAGAAUCUGAAGGAAUUUUGGUUUGAAUGUCCCGCUCAUUUCAAGGAAUAUGCGAAACAGCAAUCCGUUUUCGGACUGUUAAUAGUCAUACUGCAUUGUGAUAUGCGCUAUUUUCCAAGAUGCGAGCUCAACCAAGCUUGCAUUCGAAGUCUUGAAGAAUUCCUCCAUCGAAUUUGUCUCAAUGAUUUAUGAAUAUUUAAUUUAUUAAAUAAUGUAUAUAUAUUUCAGUCCUUGUCCAUUUCCUGUUUUACUCUGACUAAAGUGCUAGAAAUAGUCCAAACGAAUAGUACGAGAAAAAAAGAAAGGUUACGAUUUAAGUAGUUGUAAUACCACAUAAAGACUUCUCGUUAUGAACCCUAUAGAUUUCCCAGAAACAUUGACUUAUCUUUAGCUAUAAAACUUCAUGAGAAAAUGAGAUGUUGCAAAGCAAAAACUCCAAUCCUUCUACUCUGGCCCUCUCCUUAUCUAUUGUAAGAAUUGUUGCUGAAUGAAGCAUUCAAAUAAUACUUUUUAUUUUACAGUUUGGUAGAAAUUCAUAAUGGUAGCAGUUAAAAAAGAAAAUGAAGUUUAUAAUCGAUAUGUUUUGUUUCUUCAUUUUUUUCCCCUGAUAAAUUCUAUCUAUCCUAUAACACUUUUUCUGAUUUUAUUGCUUUUGCAACAUGGAUUUCAUUGGGAGGGAAGAAUGUGACACAUUCUUUGUUGAGUUUCAUUCGCUUUUUUAAGAAAAUCACCUACUCGCCGAUUCCUCCCUCCCCUAAAAAAGACAAUGAAAAUAAUUUUACUGGAAAACAGUAAUAGGAAAAUUAUAAUUGGCGGAGAUGUUUGCGAUUAAAAUGAACUUUCUGUGACUUCAAAAUGAGUUCGUCCUCAAAAUGAAAUAUCUGAUAUUAUCUACAGUUUUUGCCAGCUAAGCAAUGAAGUCAUUAAACAUAACUAAUAACAAAAUUUGAAAAAAAGAAGAAAAAAAAAAAACUCGGUAGAAGUAGGGAAUCUAAGGAGUCCACUAUUUGUUUUUUUCAAUAGAUGAACCCUUAUUUAAAUCACAUCAAGUUUAUAAUUUUAAUCGCAAAUAUCUCCUCCAAUUUUGCUGAUAACUCUACGAACUUUGAGGUGUAUUUUCCUAUAAUAAAGAGCACAUUUU